AUGCCAGCAGAGAAGCGGACGCUUCGCUCUAACCGGUCAGACGCCUCGGCGGACGGCGAGAAACCCCGUUCGAACUCGCAGAGCUCUAGCUCCAACAAAGAUAAAGCUGCUCCGACUCGCUCGGCGGCGUCACGAGGCAAGGCAGCGCCAGCCAGGAAACCGGCCUCAGGCUCAAAAAAGGCCACGCCCGAGGGCUCUGAUGUUGUCGAAAAUGGUGUGAACGGUCCUGAGGACGCGCAGAUGAGUGAAGAGCAUUUGAACGGCUCUGUAUCACCCAAGCAGCGCGACGAUAACGACGGCGACGAAGAGAUGACUGUCGUUGUUCCUCCGUCAAAAGCUUCAAGACUGUCGGGAGAGCCUGAGAAGAGCCGAAACGAGUCCAAGAUGGACACAGAUCAGGACGAGGAUGUCCAGCAGGAUGAAGUGGUUGACCCGGCUGAGAAAGCGAAGACUGACCUACUCGCCAGCGUCAUCACAUCCGCCUAUCAACGUUCGGAUUCUACCGCUUCCUUCCUUCUGGCUGCCCUUGAUAGACAGUCUGCGUUUGAUAACGUUGCCGAAGAUAUUGAUAUGGAGGAUGCCUCAGACAUGAAAUCGUCAGCUACGCCCGCCGCAAAGACAGCCGCUUCAUCCAAAGAGACCCUGCCCGAGAUCGACGUCUAUCUUUCCAUUCUAGUUCAGAUUCACCUGUAUGAUGCAAAACGCAUAGAGAAAGGUGCUCAGUUCUCGCAGAAGCUGGUCGAGAAACUGAGGACGCAUAACCGAAGGACCCUGGACUGUUUGGCUGCUCGAGUGUACUUUUAUUAUUCUCUCUUUUUUGAACAGCUAAAACCGCUUCCGCCUUCGCCGACUGCAGCCGUCAUAUCCAUCAGACCUUCGCUCCUUGCAGCUCUUCGGACCGCUGUUCUUCGCAAGGACACCGACAUACAGGCAACCGUCACCACUCUCUUGCUUCGCAACUACCUGUCUACCUCCCACAUCUCCCAAGCUGAUCUCUUCAUCUCUCACUCCGAAUUCCCCGUCGGUGCGUCCAACAACCAGAUUGCUCGAUAUCUCUACUAUCUAGGUCGGAUCCGAGCCAUCCAGCUGCGCUAUACCGAUGCACACCAACAUCUGGUGGGCGCCACCCGGAAGUCCCCGUCGACUCUAAGCGCGGGUGGCUUCUACCAGGCAUCGAUGAAGUUACUUGUUGUCGUCGAGCUGCUCAUGGGAGACAUACCUGACCGUGCCAUCUUCCGCCAGGCAGCUCUCGAGCGUGCAAUGCAUCCUUACUUCUUGCUCGUACGAGCCGUCAGCGUGGGUGAUCUAGACGGCUUCCAGAAGAUCGUCCAGAACUACGGCCCCGUCUUCCGAAAGGACAGCACGUACACGCUUAUUCUCCGACUACGACAGAAUGUCAUAAAGACCGGCAUCCGCAUGAUGUCGUUGUCAUACACUCGUAUCUCCCUACGUGACAUCUGCCUUCGUCUCGGCCUGGAUAGUGAGGAGUCUGCCGAGUACAUUGUUGCAAAGGCUAUAAGGGACGGUGUUAUCGAGGCAUCGUUGGACCAUGAGAAGGGCUACAUGAAGAGCAAGGACAUUGGCGAUGUGUACGCUACCCAGGAGCCUGGAGAGGUCUUCCACGAGCGUAUCCAAGCUUGUCUCGGCCUCCAUGACGAGAGUGUCAAGGCAAUGAGGUUCCCCAUGAACCAGCACCGUCUUGAGCUGAAGAACGCCCAGGAGGCCCGCGAGCGAGAGAGGGAGCUGGCCAAGGAGAUUGUGGAGGGAGACAUGGACGACGAUGACGCCGGUGGCGACUUCGAGGGUAUCUAG